AUGCGCUCACGGACUGGCUCCGGUGUCCGACUGGAUCGGAUCCUUUUCAUGGUAGAUCAAACCAUAUGCACCUAUCAGAAUGCUAUUACGGCACUAUUCCCCAACAAAAAGGAGUUCCCAGAUCAUUCAUGGGUUCGUGACAAUGUCUAUGUGAUCCACUCGCUUUGGGCCUUAUACCGGGCAUAUAUGAAAUGUGCCGAAUUCGACGAAGACCUCACAAAAGCUAACGAACUAGGCUUCACCUGUGUUAAAAUGAUGCAGUCAUUAUUGGAAUGUAUGAUGCGUCAAGCGGAUAAGGUAGAGAUGUUCAAGAAGUUCCAACGGCCAGCCGAUUCGCUUCAUGCGAAAUAUUCUGUAUCCACGAAAAAUUCGGUGUGUGGUGAUACAGAAUGGGGACACCUUCAGAUAGAUGCAACGUCGUUAUUUCUCCUUACACUCGCUCAAAUAACUGCUUCAGGCCUCCAAGUCGUGCGAAACAUCGACGAAGUAGCGUUCAUUCAAAACCUAGUUUACUACAUUGAAACUGGCUACCGUACACCCGACUUUGGAAUUUGGGAGAGAGGUGACAAAACAAAUCAAGGUAUUAGGGAACUUAACGCCAGUUCCAUUGGCAUGGUAAAGGCAGCGUUACAGGCUUUGAACGAUGUCGGCGACCUUUUCGGAGAUGGAUCACGAAGAUCAGCCAUCCACGUUCUACCUGAUGAAAUCGAACAAUGUUCUGCUGUUCUUAGCAGUAUGUUGCCAAGGGAGUCGUUCAGUAAAGAAACUGAUGCUGCACUAAUGACCAUUAUUUCGUAUCCUGGGUUUGCUGUCGAAGAUCAGGAAUUGGUUGAUCGUACGCGAGAUACGAUCACUUCGAUGUUAUUGGGAAAAUAUGGGUGUCGGCGGUUCCUACGUGAUGGCUACAAGACUGCGUUAGAGGAUCCGUACCGACUUUAUUACAACAAGUCCGAACUACAGCAGUUUGAAAAUAUUGAGUGCGAAUGGCCAUUAUUCCUUUGUUUUUUGAUGUUGGACGCCAUGUACAACAAAAAUGAUGAGGCAGUUGAGGAUUACUGGCAACAGUUAGAGAGUAUAGUGGUUCUAUCUGAGAAAGGAUUCCGACUUAUUCCUGAACUUUACAAAGUUGAAAGAGAACAUGUGGCAGGUGAAAAAAGCGAACGAGGAUCACAACCGAGAGUUCCAUCAGGUGCAACGCCACAUCUAUGGGCACAAUCGCUGUAUGUCAUUUGCUGUCUUCUAUACGAAGGAUUCUUAACACCUGCUGAACUCGAUCCACUUAGUAGAAGACUGUCAUCUCACGAGAAGCGUCCACCUUGUGAAGUUCAAGUUACUAUUUUGGCAGCAACUAGAGAAGUUCAAAGGGAACUGCGACUAAAUGGGAUUGAGGUACAACUUAUAGAUGAAGUUGAUCCAGUUUUCACAAUUCUUCCUGCAUCAUCUUUGGCGGAGAUACAUUCAAGGAUUGGACAGUCUAAAAAACUUAAUUUGAGCGGACGACCUUUGGAUAGGGAUGUUGGAUUGCUGAGCACAAGUCGUCUAUACCAGAUAGGACAGAAAUUCGUAAUUUUUACUCCUCAGUUCAUGGAUAGUCGUCGUUCUCAUCUAAUGUACGAUAUUCGAAUAUUGAUGGAUGAAUGGAGUUCGGAGCUACAGUAUAUAUACGCGUCAUGGAAUUCUGUCAGUAUAAGUGGACGACCGUUGGUGGUCCUUGUUGUCAGCGGUGAUAUGCUCACGACGGACGGUUUAUCGAAUUUUUCGAACAUUUCUCUCAAUCGAUUUAUGAAAUCUACUGUGUUAGGAACUAUCAAGAAGAUCAAUACAGGAUAUCUAGGUGGCGCAAGGAUAGUCAUGAAAAAUUUAUCCGAUUUUUUUCGUACCACUGCUGUCAGCAAGUUGGAGUUCACCGAUGAAACAGGCGACUUGCUUCUUGGUGAUCAUGAAACAAAGAUUCAAUUCUCUCUUCCUAGUGACGUUAACAUGAACGAUAAGCUCAAUAUGUCCUUCUCACCAAAAGGCACAUUGCGCCGUGGUGAAUCUGUAAGAGAUCGCAAUUCGUAUAAUAUUAUCCACAAGACUUCUAUGCGUCAUCGAUCUAUUGCACUCGAUAGCAACGAUAGUGACCUUGUUCAGCUGCGACUCGCUUACAAAUCCAACACUCUUGAUGUUCCCGCUGGGAGCGCAAGAGGGGUAAGCCCAAGUAGCUCUACAAGAGGAGCAGAAAACAACGCAAUCCAAUCGAGAAACAUGUUAAAAACUAUUAGUAGGAACGCCGAUUUGGAUGCGAACUUAUCGAGCCGAAAGGAUGUUACACUUUCGCAAAUGAAUGCGAUGAAGGUUGAUGAUUUGGUGGAAAUGUUGUUAGAGACGACCGUACUCGAGGAACAAGCAUCAAUUGUACAUUGUUUAUGGAUGAAACACGGACCAGAGUACAACACUAGUCUAAAUGGUCAAUAUGUCACAGUAAAAAUGCUCAUGGAAGAGGUGUAUACGAAGUCGUGCGAAGGUCGUAUGUGGGCUUUGGUACGAUUAACAGCUGGGUUGUUGGACAAGCGCUUGGAGGAGCUAGGAAAGGCAGUUACGCAUCUUCUUGUGCGACAAAAACAGAUCACUGUUGGAAUGCCCUCAAAGAAGGAAGAAGCGAUAACGAGCCCGAAAACUAAUGAAGAAUUGAAGGAAAUCAUGCACCGCGCUUAUUCAGAUGAUCCGAAUGCUUUCAUGCUUAGUCAGGAAAUUAUCGUUGCGUUGGGUUCGCUUGUUCGAACAGAGCCCAAACUAUUCGUGGAGAUGUUCCGCCUCAGAAUUGGCCUGAUUAUUCAGGUGCUUGCUUCGGAAUUAGCGCGUAUCAAAAAACUCUCAGCGGUGGAUGCUGCUGAGAAUUUGAUGACGAUUAGCCCUUUUGAGCUGAAAUCGAUGCUUUUCUCGUUGCUGAGCGGACGACUGCUUGAAGAGUUUGUGGAUGAUGGUGAAGCUGCAAAGGAAACACGUACCGGUAUAGGAAGCUUCAGACGUCACAUUGAGGAAAGAAAAUCGGUGCGUAAGUCAACACGCAGCGUGAGCGGUGACGUACCACCACCAAUACCUGAAUGUACAGCGAAUGAAGAAGAGGAUGAACUUUCGGAAGAUGAUUUUCAAUUCGGAAUCUGGUUGCGACAUCGGCGAAUUGACGGGGCACUUAACAGAGUUCCGAAUAAUUUCUAUGCUUCGCUUUGGGAUACCGUCAACCGUCUACCUCACGGGGUUCGAAUUAAUGACACUAUACUACAUUGGGGAUUGACGCAAGAAAUGACACGACGUGAAAUGAAAUUUGCUUUGGAAGUGGAGCAAGCGCUGAAUCGAAUUGCUGAACCAGAGUAUCGGGAAAUGGUGGUUGAAGCGUUAUGGUUGCUGGGCAGACUGGAUAAACUUGUACAAAGUGAGGAACCAAAUAUUCCUAGAGAUCGGCCACUAGAUGUCGAUGCCCUUCUCAGAGCAGCAAAUGCUCUUUUUGUCCAGCACAAUCGCGAAAUGGGUACCAUUGUUCUGGAGUGUUGCGCCUCCGGGAAGCAAUGCGAUGGUGCUCGAGGACUUUGUCGCCAUCUCUACGAUUCGGCUCCAGCAGGAGAGUAUGGUACUAGUCAUUACAUCAUCAAGGCAAUGAUCAAUUUGUUCACAUGA